AUGGUCAAGGAAGUUCAAUUUGAGCCCUUCACAGAUCAGAAGCCAGGCACUUCAGGUCUUCGUAAAAAGGUCACCGUCUUCCAGCAACCGCACUACAGCGAGUCAUUCAUCACAUCCAUCCUCCUCUCCAUUCCCGAAGGUGCAGAGGGCGCUUUCCUGGUUAUCGGCGGUGACGGAAGAUUUUGGAACCCGGAAGUGGUACAGCUCAUUGCGAAGAUCGGUGCUGCAUAUGGCGUGAAGAAGCUACUUAUUGGCCAGAAUGGUAUUCUGAGCACGCCGGCCGCCAGCAAUAUCAUCCGCAAGCGCAAGGCCACUGGUGGUAUCCUGCUCACUGCCAGUCAUAACCCAGGUGGUCCGAAUGCCGACUUUGGCAUGAAAUACAACCUGGCCAACGGAGCCCCAGCCCCAGAAUCCGUCACCAACAAGAUCUACGAGAUUUCCAAGAGCCUCACAUCCUACAAGAUUGCAGACAUCCCCGAUGUCGACAUCUCCACGAUUGGCACUAAGAAGUACGGUGACUUGGAGGUGGAGAUCAUAGAUUCCGUCGCGGACUACAUCACCAUGUUGAAGGAGAUCUUCGAUUUCGACCUGAUCCGUUCAUUCUUGAAGUCCCAACCCGAUUUCAAGGUUCUCUUCGACGGCUUGAAUGGCGUCACUGGUCCUUACGGGGUUGCAAUCUUCCAGAAAGAGCUCGGAUUGGGACCCGACAGUACUCAACAUUGUGAGCCUAAGCCGGAUUUUGGUGGCGGUCACCCCGAUCCGAACUUGACAUACGCACAUUCUCUGGUGGAGAGGGUCGAGAAAGAGGGUAUCCCCUUCGGUGCCGCUUCUGACGGAGAUGGCGACCGAAACAUGAUUUACGGCAAGAACGCUUUUGUGUCACCGGGUGACUCUCUGGCCAUCAUUGCCCACUAUGCAAAGAAAUACAUUCCUUACUUCCAAAAACAAGGCGUUUAUGGGCUGGCGAGAUCCUUCCCCACCUCGGCUGCUUUGGAUCUGGUAGCUAAGAAGCAAGGCCUGUCGCUCUAUGUCGUUCCUACCGGAUGGAAAUUCUUUUGUGCACUUUUCGACACCAACAAGAUGUCCAUCUGUGGUGAGGAGUCGUUCGGCACAGGCUCAAACCACAUUCGAGAGAAGGAUGGUCUGUGGGCGAUUACCGCAUGGCUCAACAUCGUUGCAGGAGUUGGCAAAGAUACAGGCAAAGUCCCCUCGAUUGGCGAGAUCCAAAAGGAGUUCUGGCAUGAGUAUGGUCGGGUCUACUUCACACGCUACGACUACGAGAACGUCAGCAGCGAAGGUGCCAAUGACAUGGUUAGCUACCUGAAAGAGAAGUUAUCCAAGUCUGAUACUGUCGGCACGGAGGUGCAAGGCCACAAGAUCACGGAAGCCGACGACUUCUCAUACACCGAUCUGGAUGGCUCCGUGUCAAAGAACCAGGGCAUCUACUUCAAGUUUGAUGAUGGGACAAGGAUCGUUGUACGACUGUCAGGGACCGGCAGUAGCGGUGCUACAAUUCGACUCUAUGUUGAGAAACUCGAGGAGGACAGAAGUAAGGUUCUUGAAGAUACACAGACGUACCUGAAGGGUCCCGUGGAGCUGGCCAUCCAGCUCUUGCAACUCCAGAAAUUCAUUGGCCGAACCGAACCAGAUGUGAAGACCUAA